CGCACGCAAGUGGCCUUCGGGUGCGCGUACAAGUCGAGAGCGGAACAGCACGACACUGACGUCAGAUAAGAGUGUCAAUCGCUUUGUCAGGUCAUGUCCAUCUGCUUAUAAGAGGAAUCUAUGAAGAUUGAAGUUGGAAGAUCAGUUACACAUUCACCCAGGCGCAGGACAUACCGGUGCGCGGCGCUCAUCCAAGACCAGCAGCUAUGCCUCAGUCCUUGUUGCCCCUGUGCGUCCUGGGACUCCUCGCCCUCUCAUCCGCCUGUUACAUCCAGAACUGCCCCCGAGGAGGGAAACGAGCGCUGCCGGAGACUGGGAUCAGACAGUGCAUGCCGUGUGGCCCCGGAGACAGGGGCCGCUGCUUCGGCCCCAGUAUCUGCUGCGGGGAGGGCCUCGGUUGUCUGCUCGGCUCCCCGGAAACGGCUCACUGCGUGGAGGAGAACUACCUGCUCACCGCCUGCCAGGCAGGAGGGAGACCCUGUGGAUCUGAGGGAGGACGCUGCGCUGCUUCAGGACUCUGCUGUAACUCUGAGAGCUGUGCGGUGGACCCUGACUGCCUGGGGGAGACCGAGGCCUCAGAUCCAGCCCACGGCUCUGCAGGGAGCUCGCCAGCUGAGCUGCUGCUGCGCCUGCUGCAUGUGGCCACCAGAGGAUAGGAUGAUACUGUUGUGUGUGGAGGUUCCUCUGCUUCUCAGGGCCUGGAGGUGCAACAGAAUAAAGAUCAUCCCUGUUCCACUACAAGCCUUAAGGUGUAAACCUUGAACCAAUAAAAUGCCAAGACAAA